GCUAAAAACAAGUGUUAGGUGGGAAGGGAUGAGAAUAAAAAUCUCAAGCGAGGGAAGUGAAGAGCUAGUGGUAUGAGAGCUUAGAGCUAGCUGUCACUCCCCCAACUUGUGUAUAUAAAUCAAUCACCAUCUCUCUCUCUCUCUCUCUUUGGUCUUGUGAUUUCUGAACGGCCACACACACACACUAAGACGAACACAAUGAGAGAGAUCCUUCACAUCCAAGCUGGCCAAUGCGGAAACCAGAUUGGUGCCAAGUUCUGGGAAGUCAUCUGCGACGAGCACGGCAUCGAUUCCACCGGACGUUACCGCGGAGACGCUGCAAGUCUCCAGCUCGAGCGUAUAAAUGUGUAUUACAACGAAGCUUCUAGUCAAAGAUACGUUCCUCGUUCUGUUCUCAUUGAUCUUGAGCCUGGUACUAUGGAUAGUAUCAGAUCCGGGCCGUAUGGUCAGAUCUUCCGUCCUGAUAACUUCGUCUUUGGCCAGUCUGGUGCUGGUAACAACUGGGCUAAAGGUCAUUACACUGAAGGUGCUGAACUUAUUGACUCUGUGCUUGAUGUUGUUCGUAAGGAAGCUGAGAACUGCGACUGCCUUCAAGGGUUUCAGGUGUGCCACUCGCUGGGAGGAGGCACAGGAUCUGGAAUGGGAACUCUAUUGAUAUCAAAGAUCCGAGAGGAGUAUCCAGACAGAAUGAUGCUCACUUUCUCUGUUUUCCCAUCUCCCAAAGUCUCUGACACAGUCGUUGAGCCUUACAAUGCAACUCUCUCUGUCCACCAGCUUGUUGAGAAUGCUGAUGAAUGUAUGGUACUCGACAACGAAGCUCUCUACGACAUCUGCUUCCGUACCCUCAAACUCAGCACUCCUAGUUUUGGAGACUUGAACCAUCUGAUCUCUGCAACAAUGAGCGGUGUGACUUGCUCCUUAAGGUUCCCGGGACAGCUAAACUCUGACCUAAGGAAACUCGCAGUGAACCUAGUCCCAUUCCCUCGUCUGCACUUCUUCAUGGUGGGUUUCGCGCCGCUCACUUCCCGUGGCUCACAAAAGUACAUUUCACUCUCUGUCCCUGAGCUGAACCAACAAAUGUGGGACGCCAAAAACAUGAUGUGUGCAGCUGAUCCACGACACGGACGUUACCUCACAGCAUCGGUUCUAUUCAGAGGAAAGAUGAGCACAAAAGAGGUGGAUGAGGAACUCAUAAAAAUACAGAACAAGAACUCAUCUUACUUCGUUCAGUGGAUCCCAAACAACGUGAAAUCCAGCGUCUGUGAUAUGCCGCCAAAGGGACUCAAAAUGGCGGCGACGUUUGUGGGAAACUCGACGUCGAUCCAAGAAAUGUUCAGGAGAGUGAGCGAGCAGUUCACGGCUAUGUUCAAGCGUAAAGCGUUUCUGCAUUGGUACACAGGAGAAGGAAUGGAUGAAAUGGAGUUCACGGAAGCUGAGAGCAAUAUGAAUGAUUUGGUCUCUGAAUACCAACAGUACCAAGACGCUACAGGUGAUGAAGAAGAAGACGAGAAUGACUAUUUUGAGGAUGAAGACGCAGAGCCCCCUGAAUACUGAUACUUGAUCCAUUAUCAAAACAUCAUCUCUACUAAGCACAAACUAAAAGAAAGAAGAAGAAUAAACGACACUCUUUAUAAUCUGCUUUUUUUUUUUGAUUGAAGACACUAAAAAAGAAUGUGAAAUUAUUUUAAUGUGUGUGUUUGUUUAUUUACUGUACUUAUUUUAAUGAGAAGUUAAGUUGUUGGUAAA